AUGGCCGCCGCGAUAUUGUCGAUUGACCAGAUCCCCAGAUCAUCUAAAGAGAAAUUCAUUUCCCGUGGUGCUGCAAGCCAAGCUGAAAAGGAGGAGGUGGAUUCGAGAUCGAUCUAUGUUGGUAAUGUGGACUAUGCCUGCACUCCUGAGGAAGUGCAACAACAUUUUCAGUCUUGUGGGACUGUAAACAGAGUAACAAUUUUAACAGACAAGUUUGGUCAGCCCAAGGGAUUUGCAUAUGUGGAAUUUGUUGAAGUAGAGGCUGUUCAGAAUGCUCUGCCGUUGAAUGAAUCGGAAUUGCAUGGUCGUCAGCUAAAGGUGUCAGCUAAAAGGACCAAUGUACCAGGAAUGAAACAGUACCGGGGUCGUCGAGCAAGCCCAUACAUGGGCUUUCAAUCACGAAGGCCUUACAUGCCACCUCCAUUUUAUGCUCCUUUUGCAUAUGGGUAUACUGUUUUACUUCGAUCUACCUUCUCUGAUAAGGCCCUUCCAAGGGGCAGGGCCAUUGUAUUUGCUGGCAGAACUGGUUUCGUGGCUCCUCAUCGGUUUUCGCUCCUCAACCCAGUGCUGAUGUUUAAUGCUGAUAAGAUGAGUGAGUUGAAGCAAGUGGUGUCUGAGGGAUACUAUUUGAUGCCACGAGAACUGACCACAGAUGCAACGCUGGUGGACUCUUAG